CGCUCCUGAGGUGCACCUUCUUACUCUGCUUUCUGGCCUUUUCCUCCGUCCUUCGUCUUUGCGGUGCCACGGACCUGUUGCUUUCCGGUUUUCUUCCUAUCUAGACCUAGUCUCUGCCCUGCUACCCACCCACCCUCGUCUUGCAACCCGCCGCUCUCGCCGCUGCUGGUCGGUGCACUUUGACGCCUUUCCCACCACCCCCGACCCCUCCCUAAGCAGUUUUCGAAUCCAAAGCACAUUUUAUCAGCCUUUUCUUGUCACCGUCACUCCGUUCCCAUGGCCCCCCGUCGACACAAUAUCGGUGCUAGCCGCCGUCGGAGAAGAGACGAUGAGGGCGAAGAUGAGGGAUCGCUAGAUGGAGAACUGGAGGACGACUCCCUGAGCGAAGGAUCCAUUAUCAGCCAUCCCGAUGACGAAGACGCCGAUGGCGAAGGCAGCGAUGAGAGUGAUGAUGAAGCAUCUGUGACCCGGGAAGCGGGCAAUACCCAUGCUCCUCAACCCAAUGGCCGUACACCCGCGGCAAACCCGAAGCUCGGACGCCGCCAUUCUGCCUCGCCUGGGAAACGCCAUACAGUCACCGCUAUGUCGGACACAGAAGCUAUGAUGAACGGACUGAGGUUGUCCGAUGAGGCGGCCGACGUGGCCGAAAUCCAUUUCGAUGAUAUGAAGGGGGAGCUCGGCCAGCCGACUGGAAGGACUCCAUCGGCGCCUCCGGCAGAACCAAAACAAGACAGCCUUAUGGAGAGGAAGCGCCGUGAUCACGAGAAGUAUACCAAGGAGAAGGACGAGAACCCAACGUUCGUGCCCACUCGAGGUAGCUUCUUCCUUCACGACAAACGCUCGACCGAAUCUGCAACCAACGGUUACAAGCCGUUUGCCAAGUCCAAGUCGAGGCCAUACGGUCUCAUCGUGGACGGCAAUGUGCGCAAAAGUCAGGUGAAACCAGUUGCCAGCGAAAAACAGUGGACACACGAUCUGCAUGAUACUGUUGCUGGGGAUGAUGCACCGGUCUCGAAACUCCCAACUCUACCUCCGACUCUCUCGACUAUUCCCCCCAAAGCAGUUCCUACAGCUCCUCGGUCAUCGCCGCCCAACAGGUCUUUUUCGAGCACUACGUUGAUUGGAAAUGUGCCUAUUGUGGUCUUCUUACCGGGCAUGGUUCAACCCAUCUCCUACCCUACAGUUCCAAAGAGGCAACACACCCGUUUACCUCAGCAUCGCCCUCCUCUUCGUCGCGACAAGCCCGUCCGAAUCUCACUUCCCGGACAACCGGCGCGAUACAUCUUCCCUGCCACGGAGCGAUCAUUUAUAUUCAUCCCGCGAGCGCUCCGCCCUAACCAACAAGCGUUCCGCGGGCGUCGGAGUGGAUUCUUUCCUGGACGGCGGCCAAGUAUCUAUGCCGGUUCGACAUACACUUCAAGCGUCAGCAUCAGUAGGAGGUCGUCGUUUGGCAAGCCGCCAUCUCAAGAAGGAUUCCACUCGCCCGCAGCCUCAGUUCUCUCCAGGCAGACGAUCGUGGCCACGGACAACGGCAAACCCAUUGUCCGCCUACCUCCACCUCGACCCUCAGCAGGGCUACCACCUCCGCCUCCCGGUCCUCCAGUGGCCGUGCCGCCUCUACCACAACCACAACCCCAGCCUCCUGUUUACCGGGAGAGCCGUCCGGCGCCCAUACCUAUGCAUCAACCUCGUCCCCAGAAAACCGUCUCCGUUGCAGACAUUGAAACUCCAGCAAGCUUCCCCUUCAACCCUCCUCAACCGCAACAGGAACAGCCGUUCCAUCACCAGGUCCCGAUGCCUGCCAAUGGGCCGGUCUAUGGCACAGAUGCUUCCGGUUUCCCUCCUACUGCCCACUCGUCCGUGACGCCCUUGUCCCACAUACCCGAGCGUGCGAUCCAUGCCCAGCCCUUCCAGCCAUAUGGGUUCCAACAGCCGCAGGCCUUCUAUCCCGCGUCCUAUCCCUCUGGCGCUGUUUAUUACCCGGUCACAGGAGCAGAGUUCCCUCCUUAUAAUGCCGCCGUGGGACCUGGCACCUCUGUGCCUCCCUUCCCUCCGGGGCAACAGGCGCCGUAUAUGGUGCCCGGAGGACCUACGUCGGGUGAGCAAUCAGCUCAGCCGGGCACUGUCGCACAUGAAGCAGGCGGUACGGUGUAUUUCUACGAUACCAACCAGAUGUACCAAAACUCAUCCUAUGGUAUGCCAAAUGCUCCUGGGCCUGGUGGUGUUGUGGGCAUGGGCGGCAUGAUGACGCCCCCGGGUACAACCUAUUAUUACCCUCCGUCGCAAGGGGGUGUUUACUACGCCUCUCAGUGAGCAGGGCCUAAUGCAUGAUACCUGGCUUGCCCUAUUCUUGUCUUUUCUUUCUCGUGAGCUGCGAAAAUUCUGUUUUCUUCUGUGUUUAUUUUGACGUUCUGCUUCCCCUUCCGCCUUGGUCUGCGCCUUAUCUUGCCCAUCUGUCCUCUUUUUCUUAUGAUAUUAUUAUUUCCCUCAUUUUUCCCAUCCUUCCUAUUCAUUUUGUUGUUGUUUUCUGCCUACGCAUGGAAAAGCGGCAACUCUGUUGUUGAUCCAAAUAUGACGACCUUUCAUUCUCUCAUAGCCUGUGCCUUUCCUUGCUUGUUGAGGUUUAGUGUCGCCGGGGCAUCUUCCUCUCCCAGCUCCGUCUCUGAUUGUGGUUAGAUAAGGAUUUCAUGCAUUACUAGCGAUUGCCUGCUGUGCCGUUCUAUUUUUACCCUGCUUCCUUUUCCUUCUUUUUUCGCGUUUUCCCUUUUUUUCGUUUGACUGAUUCUUUUUUUUUUUUUUUCCUUUU